CCAGAAUAGUUUAAAAGGAAAAAAAGAAGCAACACGUCUAGUCCACUGCCAGUCACAGCAAGCCUGAGUCUGGAGGACAAAAGUCUCACCUCAAAGAAACCAAGACGGCUAUCAAAAAGCAAACAGCUAAGUGCCAUCGUGUUCCUUCCUCUUGGUGACCUUCUCAAAAGAAAAGUAAACUCUCUAAAGAUUGGAGGACUCUGAAAGAGGGGAGAAGAAAGAAAAGUCAGAUUUGGACUUAAAGGCAUAUUGGGACUUCUAUUUCUGCUUCUCUGUGGUAAGGGGAACAUCUCAUUUGGGACUGCAGUUGAAAAAAAAAAGGAUUUGCUCUCGCCCUUCCCAUCCAGUGGGUGUAUAAAUACUGCAUUUAGAUCAAUUUGUUCUUGUCAGAUUUCAACACUAAGUAUAGCAAAACUUAGCUGCUGUAACCUGCAUCACAUGGAUAUCCUUGAUAAUUACAUUUAAAAGUUCUGGUGGAUUCUUUCUGCUCCUGAGCACCCAGCCCGUGAUAAAAAAGUGGCCAUCUCGUAGGGACACUGGCACGUAAGCCUUCAGUUUGGAUGCUUUUUAUCUAGUGCGGAGGUAAAUAAUGAAGCCCCUAACACCAGUCGGCUCACCCUCGCCCCUGCGCCUUCUUAACAAGGGCCCGGAUUACCUGCGUAGGCAGAUAGACAGUGGAAAUCGGGGCCACUCUGUUAGUGCUGUGGAGCGCUUAGAGGCAGACAAGGCCAAAUAUGUCAAGAGCCAGCAGGUCAUCAACACCAAGCAAGAACCCAUGCUAGCUCCUUGUGCGACACCUCCACCGCCAUCACGCCGCACCUUCACUGCACCAACACCCUUGACACCAGUCCUGCCUCGACGCACGCCUCUCAGUUCAUGCCCUCUCUCACCCCACAACAACAAUGAGGACGAUUCCAGGAAGGAAAACCUCAGAGCUCUGUAUCUCGAGGUAGAGAAGCAAAACAAGAACAACUCCACUAGGGCACCUCUGCCGACUCUGAGGGGCCCGAACGGCACACCAUUGGUGGCGCCACACAGCGCACCCAUGAUGAGACGGAGCAUUGGGAAGCGCAUGCUGCGGCCUGACUCUUUGGUCAUCUAUAGGCAGAAGAAAGAAUGUAAGAGUCCGAUGGGAAACGGCGAUGGAAACUCAAGUGCCGAGACAAAGGGGUACAGCUUUGUACGCAGGCUCUUUCAAGGUUCUAUGCGAGAGAAGAACGGCAGAAAUGACGAUAAGCUGACAAUCAGUGAAGAGAAGUCUUCAUCACGGGACGGAGACUCACGCAUGUCAUGGUCUAUUGACAGGGACACUGUAGAUGGUGGGAAUGGGACAAGGCGAUCCAGUAGGACAGAGUCAAACAACGGCAAUAGCAGCUUCCAGGAGCCUGUUUCCUUUGGAUUGACCAAUUCCUUCAGAAACACCAUGGAGAAUAUGAAUGAGAAUGAUAUGGAUCCGUGGAAGCCAGUGUUGAUGCUCCAGCGCUCUAAAUCAGACAAUCGACUUUGCUCGUCACUGGCAUUGUCUGAACAUGAGCGCUUCUUUGACUUCUGCGGCCUUGACUGGGACUUGGUGGAUCGGCUUGGACCUGAGAACUUCCCAUCAGGUGCCAGCUCGGUCGACACUCUCUCUUUGGUUCUGAGGAGUGUUGGGGGAAUGGAAGGUGGCUCAGAGCCGAGUGAAUUUUCACGGCAUUCCGGGGAGGGUCUUUUUCAGGAGGAAGUGACUGAGCAAGUACCCUCGGCCGUGUCAAUCAUCGAGAGGAAUGCCCGCGUGAUAAAGUGGCUUUACGGCUGUAAGAACGCAGCGAGGGAAGGACCCAAAGGUCCAAAAGAGUCGACUGUAUAGGCACAAAGAUAACAAUCUUGGACUAAGUGCUGUAUUGGCUGUUACACAUUUGAAGAGCUACUAUAUUCAUUUCAUUUUUUUAUAAUAUUUGUGUAUCAGACUUGAAAAGGUGAUAAACGGCACAUCUACAGUAUGUCUUACAUUUGAUCGUGAACAGAGCGUGAACAAUUCAACCGCUUUUCACUUUCCUUUCUAUAAUUUGGUGAUCUCAGUUUUCUCAUCCUUGCAGCAGUUCAUUCUGUCUGUAAAUAAGUAAUACUUGUAUGUUCUGUUCUUUUUUUUUGCUGUUGAAGAACAACGGCGCCUUGUGCUCAAGUACAUCUCAAUAGAUGAAUAAUUAAAAACGGAAAACCACUUAGAUUUCCCUGUGCUGGGGAUCCGAUGUGUGAGUGUGAAGUGAACCGUGCAUACCUCUAGUUUGUAUUGUUGGUUUUUUUUCCCCAUGAAACGCAGGCGUUGGAAUCCAACAGACAACAGAUACAGUAUGUGUUUAUGCACUAAUGCACUGAAAUGAGGUGGGACGGGGUAGUCAGUUGGCGUAGGAGUGGGUGAAACUUAUUUUAUUUUCUGCCAACCAUCUUUGUCUAGGAGAACACUUUAUGCCAAAGAAACAUCCCAAGUUAAAGUUUGAUUCUCAAAAAGUCAACUUUAAUCCUAAUUAUUCAGAAAUUGCAUUGACAAUCACAUUUCUUCUCCUGGUAAAAACAUAUAAAGUUAUUUCCAGGUCCACAGAGUAUACAGAAACUUACUUUAGCCAAUUUGACAAAUUAGUCUCAGCAACAUGUCUGUCCUUAAGACCACACUCCCAAUACAGAGCCAGAUGUGUAAUGGCCAAUAAGGCACAUUCAUCACAAUGAAGAAGUUCUGUCACUCAGAUAGCUAGGUCGUUUUUAGAACAGUUUUUUGAAAAACUAAUCUGAGGUCUGCUGUGGAAUUUCAGGUUCAGGGGGUGAAUUUAGACAGAGGUGGCAAGUCGGACAUAGACUAAUUUAAACAUUUCACUUGUGGCAUGACUCCCAAAUCACUCCAAGUACUCAAGAUGUCUCCAGGUCUCUCUCGCGCAUGUUUACAGACCAAGUUGUUUAUUUCUGUCCAGAAGAGAUUUUGAAUAUAUUUACAAAAGUUUAUAAUUCAUGCAGGCAAUGAAAAU